UUUACCUGCAAUGUUUUCGUUUGCGUUUGCACUGUUUUCGACAUAGAAAAUCAUAAAAUGUUCUAGUUUUUUUUUAUUUGUACCUAACAUCGGAAUAAAAGAAAAAUUACAAGUUGUUAUAUUCGGCAAGUAAAACUUUCAUGUGACGAUUAGUUAGUGUCCGCUUCAGCAAAAUUCAAAAUGCGUAUAGCAAUAAAUACACCAGAAGAUUCGACCGUCAAUGAGCAGUUCAUCAAACUGGUGCAGGAAACUCCGAUUCUAUGGAAUCUUCAUCUUGCUUGCUAUCGGAAUAAGGAGCUUAAGCAUCAAAAAUGGGCUGAAAUCGGUGCCGCCUUCAAUAUAAGUGCGCAAGAAGCCUACAAAAAAUUUGUCGCUUUACGAGAAAAAUACAAACGAGAGCAAAAACUUCGAGAGACAAAAAGUAUCUGCGAAGCGGAAAGCUGGCGCUUGUACGAGAAGCUCAAGUUUCUCGAUACCGUUUCGUUUUCCCGGGAUCGCCGAUGGGCCAAACCUAAAACGUUAUUCAAACGACAUAAUGAUCUUCUAAUGGCCAUGGUCAAACAAGAUCUGGCAUCAACAAUCAAAGUUGAAUAUCCGGAUCUGCACAAUCAGUCGAACCUGCAUUCGUCAAUUUCUUCCCCAACGUCGCCUAGCUACCAGCUCUCCGGGGAUCCAUCCGAGAACGAAUCGAGUGAAGCUCACUUUAACGAAAGCUCAGAUUGUUUUCCUGAUUCAAACAACACCCCUUCGAAUCGAGAUGCUGGGUCUGAAACUGCUCCAGAUGAUGUGGAAAGGAUCGAAAGCUAUCCCGAUGAUCAUCGCCAGAUGGAAGCAUCUGGAAGUUCAGCUUUCGUCCACGAACCCCUAUAUAAUAACCACCAAAACCGACAAGACAGCAAAUUCAUCCCGAUGUUGCAAGAUUUCGACCGUCGGAAGCAAAGUUGGUCCCGUUGUGAAACACUGGGACAACGAAUUGCACAAACAAUGUACGCACUGGAGGAGAACGAUCCAGAUCUGGCACUGAAAUUUGACAUCAUUCUCAGUGAAGCGAUCACCAGUAUUAAAAAGGAUCAACUGCAGCGAUUAGUCAACCGGCAGCAGCAGGGACAGAGUUAGAAGGGCUUGCUGAUACAUGUGCCCAUUUUUUCUGUUUAAUGACAUAAAUUUAUCUCAAGUGCUGAACGAAUAUUGAUUAACUCCGUGUAUUUUUAGUAUAUUUAUAGAACUGCUCUACCCUGGAGUAGGUGGUAUAUCAUGUAAAUAAAAAUUAAG